AUGGCAUGCACAAAAGAGGAGGAUAGGAUAGAAAAGAAAAUGAGCUAUAAAGAAGCAAAUUGGGCGGCAAAGAAAGCGGUAACGGAGGCAAAACACCGUACUUAUGAGGAUUUUUAUCGGAAGCUUGAUACAAAAGAGGGGGAAAAGCAGAUUUUUAAAUUGGCAAGGACUAGGUCCAGGCAGCGGCAAGACUUAGAGGCAGUGAAAUACAUCAAGGAUGAGGGAGGUCGAGUCUUCUUGAGACAAAAGGACAUCAAAACAAGAUGGCUCCAUUAUUACUCUCAGCUACUCAAUGAGUCUAGGGGGACAAAGGAGGAGGAUAAGCAAUUUUCUGACGCCCAAAGACCACUGGAAGAUGGGUCAGCGAGUGCUAUUACCACAGAAGAACUAGGAGAAGCUCUCAAAAAGAUGGGGAGAACGAAGGCCGUCGAGCCAGAUAACAUCCUGAUUGAGGUGUGA